CCGUGGCGGAGGUUGAUGCCGGGGUGGACGCGCUCUAGUCUAUUGAGAGGGAGCUCGGCGUGGGCGCCGGCGUCGGCCGCAGCCCCGUCAAGCGCAGGCCCAAGCUAUGAGAUUCUCUGCGAGUUCUUCAACUGCUUUGAGAGCUCCACCCGGCUCCUCCGCAUGAAGGGAUCCAAGGCAACAUUCCCCAACAUCUGCGCUAGCAUUCGGAACUUGGCUGAGAGGAGGUUUACCUAUGGCCAUCUCGCACAGCUCAAGUACAUCAUGCCCGAGGCUAUGGUACAGCGUGUUCAUGCUAGUAUUGUUGUGAACAGUCUUGGCACAUAUUAUAUUGGUAGGCUCAAAUUGUAUCUCUCCGAUAGCACACGGAAUAGUUGUUUUCGGGAUUUUGGCAUGUUUAAUCACUCUAGCUGUGACGGAUUAUGGUGGGAAUUUGCUUGCUUCUUGGUUGCAUUUGGAGCUGGGAGUAUUCGGCCUGCUACAAAUUUGUUUGCACGUACUUACCAGAGCUACUAUCAUGUAACUACACAGCCAACAAUACAUUAAGAAAUGAUAAAAUGUUUACAUUAAUAAACUGUAUUAUGUAAUAGCUCUGUAGUUACAUAAUACAUUAAUUUCUUAAUGUAUGACCGGGAUUUGCUGCUCCGUUUUACUGCUCAUAAAAUAAAAUUGCGUGUACGUGUAGCAUGCUGAACCUAACAUUGUCAGCGCAACUGUGCCAAGUGAUUUUGCAUGUUACUUCUAGUUUCUCCCAUGAGUUUGCAUUGCAUUAGCAUUAGCGUUUUGUCCCUAUGAGUUUGGAGUUUACUGUAUUCAUAUCAAAGUGCCAGCUUCUAUUCCUUGCUGCUGGUGCUGGUGCUGGUUCAAGCAUUGUGUUACAGUCAUUGUGUCUGUGUCCGAGUCAGUUUGGACUUCACAGUAUUUUUUCAUAUGUCUCAUGAUGAGUAUGUGUUACUCUGCUUGAUGACUUUUGUCUGUGUUACUCUGCUUCAUGACUUUUGUCUGCGUUACACUGCUUACUGAGUUUUACCUGGUCCAUGCCAUUAGCUUCCAUUCCCAACUGCAGUAACCAUGCAAGCAAGCACCACCCAAUACUACUGGGUAGCGGCUGCAUUGCAAGUAACUUUCCAGUGUCUUUUCAUUCAGUCCCCAUCAAUUUUUUUCCUGAGAAACCCAUGUGGGUGUCCGUUUGAUGGCAUCCGCACGCAGCGAACAUGACAUACACGCAUACAUAUAUCCUUGUUUUAUCGGACGCAGCAAUUGUGCCUACCAUUGCCUGUUUGAGAGCUUGAUGUCGGUUACUUGGUACUGCUUUCACUGAUAUUUGUUGUCUGCUUAUAGUUAUACUUCGUUUGUUUGUUGUCCAUUUGUUGUGUUAACUUGCACUGUGCUGGUAUUUAUCAUUUGCAAAAUGUAUCUUAGUUUUCGUUGUUAUGAGAAUGUUAUAUGCAUGGUUUUCUGUUAAAUCUAAAGUUCUGCAACAAAUUUUCAUCGUUAUGAGAUUUUUAUAUUCACGAAUUCAAUUGAUUAUGUUUCUAACUUUUUAUAAUUUAUUACUUGCAGAUGCUGGCCUUCAUUCUUCAAAAUUUGGGUGUACACGAUCUUUAGGAAGAAGAAUCCCGAA